UUUUUUAAUAAAGAUUAUUCAUUGUAUGUACACAACAUCCAAAUAAGGCAGAGUUUGUAAUACAGUGGAGAGGCAGGGAUGAUGGGUGCAUAAGAUAUGUCACGGAGGGAGGGAGGGAGAGACUCAGAGACCAUUUAUGAAGUCAAACCCGGCGGCGGCUUACAAAUUCUAUCUCGGCCUCUCUUUGGGUUUUCAGCCACCGUCGUCUCUGAUCCAGCUCUAGCCGGGUGUUAUCUCUUUGGUCAUGGAGCACGGAAACCAGAUGGCUGUUAUUGGGGAGGAGAUCGGAAUCGAUGCUAGUUCGGACAUUGAAGUCGAUGACAUCCGUUGUGACAACCUAGUGGAGAAGGAUGUCAGUGAUGAGGAGAUUGAGGCAGAGGAAUUGGAGAGAAGAAUGUGGAAAGAUCGAGUGAAGCUGAAGAGAUUGAAAGAAAGACAAAAGAUUGCAGCCCAACAAGCAUCCAAUAAGCUCAAGGGGAAGCAGCCAACUGAUCAAGCCACACGGAAGAAGAUGUCCAGGGCACAGGAUGGGAUCUUAAAAUAUAUGUUGAAGUUGAUGGAAGUGUGCAAGGUUCGUGGGUUCGUUUAUGGAAUCAUCCCGGAGAAAGGUAAACCGGUAAGUGGAUCUUCUGAUAAUGUAAGGGCUUGGUGGAAGGAGAAGGUUAAGUUCGAUAAGAAUGGUCCAGCGGCCAUAGCUAAAUACGAAGCAGAGUGUCAUGCAAGGGUAGAGGGGACUGGUAACCUAAUAGCGAACCCCAAGAGCGUCCUACAAGAUUUACAGGACGCCACUCUGGGAUCCCUUUUGUCUUCCUUGAUGCAGCAUUGCAACCCGCCCCAACGGAAGUUCCCUUUGGAAAAGGGCGUGCCCCCUCCAUGGUGGCCCACAGGGUACGAGGAGUGGUGGAACAAGAUGACGGAUUUGCCUGAAGGACUUCACCCGCCCUACAAGAAGCCACACGACCUUAAGAAGAUGUGGAAGGUUGGGGUUUUGACUGCCGUUAUAAAACACAUGUCGCCCGAUAUUGCAAAGAUAAGGAAGUUAGUCCGGCAAUCCAAGUGUUUGCAGGAUAAGAUGACUGCCAAGGAGAGCUCGAUUUGGUUGGGUGUCUUAGAAAGAGAGGAAGCCCUAAUCCGUCAACCAUGCAGUGAAAACGGAUCAUCUGGCUUAAGCGAGGCACCUACCAGGGGGGGUCGCCAUGAAAAUAAGAGAGCUUCUGUCAGCAGUGACAGUGAUUAUGAUGUUGAUGAUGCCCUUAUCUCCGUUUCGUCCAGGGACAAGCGUGGAAACCAUGUAUUGGACGUUCAGUCUAAUCAGAUUCAAAGGAAAGGACAUAAACGGUCAAAGAGGCAAAUGACCCCAAAGUCGUACCCUGCUUCUCAAAAGAUCCCUCCAGCUAUUGAAGAUAUUCAGCGCGAUGAUGACCCCAAUGAUCCUAAGACUGAGAUAGCUGGAUAUUUGACCAAUGGCAGCACAACUGGUGGGUCCUGCCCAAUGAAUCCUUCUGGAAAGAGUGGGGAUGGUCAAACACAGUUACCUUUAGGUCACCCUGAUCUUUCCAUUGUUCCAUUUGCUGGAAACACGUGUAUCGUUGACCCAAUAUCUAAAAAUGAUGAGGUAGUCCCCUAUGAGUUGAGGCCGCAGAUGGGUUGCACACAAUUUCAAGAUAUUCAGAUGCUUAACAAUCCACAGUUUCCUGGAGUAAAUGAUAAACCAAAUAGCUCAAUGAUUCACUAUGGACCUUUAAUUCAAGAAGUGCUCAAUGCACCUCCUGAAUCUUUGUCUACAGAUUCUACAUUACAUCAUGAACCACAAAGUUCUGGUUUACACCAUGGAUCUCAAUAUCACCAAUCCUCUCUUUAUCAAUACUAUGUUCCUUGUGAUGAAGAGAGAACUAGGCCAGAAUUUAAUGAACUUCAAACGGGGCCAGAUAAUUUUGGACAGUAUGGAAAAGAUCUGUUUCCGAAUGAUAAUGAUAGAUCCGUUGAGAUGCCCUUUGGCCCCCCAAUCACUAGUGUCUCACCUGAUUAUGCAGCACUUAACAGCCCACUAAGUUUUGGAAUUGAUGUGCCCAAUGCAUUUGAGGCUCCUGACUUUGGAAGUUUCCUUGACGAUGAUGAAUUUAUGACAUUCUUUGCCUCUUAAAGCAUCCAUGUUGAUAUAUGCCUAAUGGAACGAGGCAUAUGCUUAUAUAUGGAGGACCUUGACAGUAAGGUACUAAAUUAUUGUUUAUUAGCACCACCACAAUCUUGUAAAGGGAAAUCAUUUUUCUACUAUUCUUAAUGUUGGUUGAGCUUACCAGCCUUCCUUUUACAUUGUGAAGGAAAGUGCUCCAAUGUAAAUGACUUUGUAUGGUGUUUGACUGUUUGUCUAUGGUGCAAAUUGUUUUUUCAGUGUACUUAUUGGAAAUUUGAUUAAAUUCCCCAUCGAUAAUUAUUAUGCCCGUGGAUAUUCUUUUCAUGCGGCUGUUAUUGGA